CUUUCUGGCUUACAUUGUAAAUUCUGCUGCCCUGCACAGCACAAGAGGAGUUAAAGCUUUUCCUUUCUAGUAGGGGGGUUUCACUCUCAUGCAACAGAUAUCUCCCACUCUACCCUUGAAAAGCUAGAUGCUCUAGAGAGAGAGAGCAAGAGACAGACAGACAGAGAAAGAGGGAGAGAGAGAGAGUUAGCCUCAUGCACAUGAAUGUGGUCGGGGCUGGAGAAGCUUUUUUUUCUCACUGGACAAUUUGCUUAGAAGUGAACACUAGGUUUUGCUGAUAGACUGCAAUACAGACACAGGCAGAUCUCUCUGUGAAAACCACUUGGAGCUUUCAGUGUUUGGUAGAGAAGCACUUUCUGCAGUGUUUAUUUGUGCCAAAAAUUUACCUUUUUUUCUUUGUCUUCUUUUACAAACAUAUACAAGUCUUUGCUUUUGGACUUUUUGAUUGCCUUUCUUGGUUAAUUCUGUAUCCUUUGGUCGAACAGGGAUUUCUAAAAGGAAAAAAAAGCUUGUGGAUACUACAGCACAGGUAGCUGUGGAAAGUUCUGUAUACGCUGUCUUGUGGCAUACCUUUCCUGUCAUACCCAAUGGGACUGGAUCCAAACUCCUGUGGUCCUUACAAGGAUGAAAGCAGAACCAUGUUACCUGUCACCUAAGUCUGAGGCAACUGCUAUGGUUUUCAGAGAUGAUCCUGUACCAGGCAUGUACAGACUUGCAUUUCUGAUCAGAGUCUGCAAUUACUGAGACUACCACAAGGGUGGAAUUGACUCCCUCCAAUCAGCCAGCUUUUCGGGUACUUAGUACUGGAGAGUUACUAUGCAGUUUGGACUGUUUGCUGUGCUUGUCUUGAUCUUGAUGGAUAUUGCAGACAGCAACAAGUUUGUGAAGGGGAGGCGACACAGGAGAAGAAGUACAGAAGUGAGCAUGGUCUGCGCAAAGGGAUGCGAUUUGUGUUCAGAGUUUAACGGAUGUAUGAAGUGUUUGCCAAAACUUUUCAUCCUAUUGGAGAGAAAUGAUAUCAGACAGACUGGGAUCUGCUUGCAAUCUUGCCCUCAAGGUUAUUUUGAUGAUCGCAAUCGGGAGAACAACAGGUGUCUGAAAUGUAAAAUUAAUAAUUGUGAGACCUGCUUCAGCAAAAAUUUUUGUACAAAAUGUAAGGAAGGUUUCUACUCACACAAAGGAAGCUGUUACUCUUCAUGUCCCGAGGGUUUUUCUGCAGCCAACGGCACAUCAGAAUGCAGCUCUGUACAAUGUGAAAUGAGUGAGUGGGGAGCCUGGAGCCCAUGCUCUAGAACAGUGAAGUGCGGAAGAAAGAAAGGCACUGAAGAGAGAAGCCGGAUGGUUGUGAAGGCACCUCUUGGAGACCUUGCUCUCUGUCCACCUACCACAGAGAGGAGAAAAUGCACAAUGCCCAAAAUCCCUUGUAUAAAAGGAGAAAAGGUAAGGAAAAAAGACAAGAAAGACGAACAAGGAAAGAAGGAAAAAAACAAAAACAAAAAAAAGAACAGUGAGGAGGGUGGAAACAAGAAAAGGAAAGGCCAACAAAAAGUGACUUCAGUGCCCAGUACUCCUUCUCUUCCGGUACAGUAGCUGCCACUAUAGGGUGAUAACCAAGCAAGACAAAAGAUUAUUGCUGCUAUGUAUCUAAAAAGCUUUCUUGAACUGGAGCACCGCUACAACUUAAGCACCUACACGAUAUGCGAAUACAAAACUCCCAUGGUUAAGUGGAUGAGUUUGACUGCACAUGGUUUAAGUCGUUUUGCUGCAGGAUUUCCAGUGAGAAGACACUUUAUGAACAAUGCACAGAAAUCCUAAUAUUUCAUUUGGAUAUGGACACCUUCUAAGUUGAUGCAAUGAAUAUUCCAACUGAGGUGCAAUGUAUGGAGACUGGAGUCUGAAUCAAAAUUAGCUGAUGAACCGUGGGUUUCCGUAUCGCCUAGAAAUAGUCCCAGUGUCCCUAUACUCCUGUCAAGUCUGUGUUUUAAACUGUAUGACUUAAUCUAUGGAGAAUAUAUGUUAAACCAUUGUGAAAUAAUGUCAAAAAGUAACCGAGAUAAAAUGUCAUCAAAAGUUUAUUUCAAUUUUAAAAAUAAUAAUAAUAUUCUAACAGAGGGUGUUAGAAGGAUAUGUAUGACUGAUGCAGGACAGUGAAAUUGAACUAAAAAAUGUUUUAUUUUCGAACGGAUUUUUAAGUGUUUUAUUGUUAUGAAAAGAAGGAAAUUAAAUAUUACAAAACAAUAAAGGGGUUUUGUGACAACAGACCUCAACAAGAAUAUUUUGCAAAUGCACUUGGUAUAUGUUUGUGUAAUAUGGAGUAAUUGAAUAGGAAUACAGGUAUAUUUUUAUAAAAAUUAUAGUUCAUAGAAAGCAGUAUGGAUAUUAUGAAAUAUGUUAGUUUUCACAUAAGUGUGUGUAUAAAUGU